AUGUCUGCAAACAACUUCACCGGUACCAACCCCUCGGGCGUCAACCACCCCACAACAAGUACACACACCACAGCAACUACCACCAGCGGCACCAAGGGCACUGAAGCUGGACAAGGUCUGAAGGGAGUGUUCGCAAAAGGCCACGGCAUUGGCGAGUCCAUCCGCGGCAACAUCAACUCGGCAAUUGACGGCUUCACUGGCGACAGUGCUUCUAUGGCAAAAAACGAACAGGUCGCACGUGGUGGUGAACAAGAGUUCCAGACUGGCGACUUUGUCAAGAAAGGCACCAUGGACAAGGCUCUGUAG